AUGUUGGCGCGGCUGGUCCCUGUGCUGGUGUGUCUAGCCGUGCUGCUGUCUCUUGUGCCGGAGCAGUCCAGUGCAAAUGCGUUCUUGUCUUUCUUGUCGCCGAGGAAGCAGGCGCCGCCGACCGUAGCGCAUCGGUCGCUGUACAUGGGUGUGCCUGUGACCGAGUCGACGGCGACGAUGCGGCUGCUGCAUCCGCGUAUGCAGCGCUUUAUUCGCGAUACACAAGAUGUGAAUGAGAAGUCGUCUACGGCGAUGAUUUCUCUCACGGAUACGGGUGUACUGGCUGGCUUGAACCCGCGCAACGGGGCCAUGGCGUGGCGCCGCUUUAUUGAGAACGAAACCGUCCACGGCCUUUUUUCGAUUGACGAGGACAUGCUUAUGGUGAGCUCACAAAACAACGACACGCUGAUCGCGCGCAUGCUCGUUGGCGAUCGCGGUGUGAUCGACUGGGAGCAUACGCUGAACGAUACCGCCGUCGACGGCCUGCCCGUGUACGCGACGUCAUGGGACACGGGCGAGACCGAUGCGCUCAUUGUCGCGGGUGGUAUGCUGCACUACUUUACCAGCAAGAAGCUCGCAUGGAAGUGGGAGCCGAAUGGUGGCGCCGUCGUGCAGUUUGUCACGCCAUACAACGACCGACUCCAGGUCGUGAGCCAUGUGCCCCAGGGUGACGAGGGCUCUGCGCUGCGGUUCACGGAGCUGACGAUCGAUGGCGAUACGUCUGCUGACUAUACGAUGUCGUACACGAUCAAAGAUCCCCGAUCGAUCGUGUUUUUGCCGUAUCGUCCACGGAGGCACAUCAACGAAGCCUACCAUGCGAAUGAACAGAGCGGUCCACACGUGGCUUGGCUGGACGACGACGGCGUUGUGCGUGCGCAGCGCAUCAUCAAUGGCGAUGUGGUGCUGAGUGAGCUCCGGUCGAUCGGCGCGCCGUUCACGCGCCUGCAGGACGUGGGUCUCGGCAACCGCGGUGUGUUUCUGGCGCACCACGCGGACGGUGCUGUCGAGAUUGUGUAUGUGUCGCCAACAGGAGACGGCAUGAAUGUGAUUGGCAGCUUUAGCGAGCUCGAUCGUGAUGCCGUGUUGGACGGUGGCUUGGAUCUGGAUGGCAAAGCGUAUGUCCUGCGCAUGAAUUAUGAUCCAUCGAUGCACAUGCUCGUUCAGGAGGUCUUCCGUGUGGACGAGGUCGUGGAUGAACAGAUGGGCACGAUGUCGAGCAUGAUGUUCCAAUACGACUUUGCGCAGUAUGGUCCGCUGCGCGCGGUGCUGAGUGAGUUCCGUGUGCUGGAGAGUGGCCAUCUGGCGGUGCGGUGCGUGCUCUUGUCGCAGUCGGGCAGUGUCCAUAUGCUCGUGGAUGGUGUGCAGGAGUGGGUCGUGGAGCACGGCCUCUCCAAGCCGCAGCGCACGCUUCUUGUGCCGCUCGCCGACCAGCUUCUUGGCCAAGCGGCUGUGUCGUCGCACGCCAUGCCAGCGUGGCCGCUGUCGAUCGAGGCAUUGGAGAACGAGUCGCUCGUCGAUCGCUGGCUGCGACACGCGCGUCAGCUGUGCCAUCUGCACACACACCUCCAUCGCUUUGCCCGCGGCCCACUGCGUCGGGCGCUCCUGUCGCUGGGCCGCCAGAUCGAGGCGAUGCUGGGGCACAAGCCUGACACGUACGUGGAGAAGCCGAUCGCGGGAGGCCCGCGCUUGGACUCGCUCCCGGAUGCGGACCAGACGGCGCCGCGCGAGGCGACGCCGUCGGACAUGGCGAAGCUGUACCACGACCGCUUUGGCUUUGACCAUGUCGCGGUCGCUGCGUCGCGCUACGGCAAGCUGUACGGCAUCAAGGUCACGCUGGAUGGCUCUUACCUGCUCUGGGCGCGCCCUGUCGUGCCGUACGAGCAGGGCGCGCACGUGAAUGUGACGCACCUGAUCCAGACGCGGGCGAGCAACACGCUCGCCUUCGAUCGUCCGAUGGCGCCUGUGAUGGGCGUGGUCGCCGAGGUGCACACCGACGAGGGGCUCGACACGCACGUGUACUAUGUGAAUCCGCUCACGGGUGAGCACGUCGGCCAGCCGUCGGAUGCGCUGCUGUGCACGGGCCGUGCGAGCGAUGUGUUGGUGCACGACGGCCUCGUCCACGCCGUGUGUGCCUCGGGUCAUGUGGAGGUGAAUGCUGCGCUGCAUGUGGUGCGUACCGACGACGACGGCCUGCAGGGUCUGCUCACGACGCCCAGUGGCAUGGCUGUGCAGACGUGGCGCAUGCCGCUGUCGGACCGCGUCGUGGCGAUGCGCGAUGCGAGUCGCGAGCCGGUCGCGAGGUAUGGGCGGGUCCGUGGAGACCGCUCGGUGCUGUACAAGUACCUGAAUGCGCAUGCGCGCGUCAUUGUGACUUACAAUGACGUGCUACGGAUGGCGCACGUCUAUGUGAUCGACAAGGUGAGCGGCGAUAUGGUGUACCACCUGGAGGUGCCGAACGUCGCCUCGGAUGCGAUCCACGUGACGUUUACCGAGCAUUGGAUCACGCUCGUGUACACCAGUACGCAGGCGGAGGCGCCGCACGCGCUGGUGUCGAUCGAGCUGUAUGAGCGCGAGGCGCGCGGUGCGCAGGGUCUGGCGUCGUCGAGUCUCGUGCGGGCUGGCACGAACGGCACGCUUGCAGCCAGUGCGCCGCCCGUGGCCUAUGCGCAGGUCUUUGCGCUGCCGAUGGCCGUGCGGGCGGUCGGCACCACACGCACGGGGCUGGGCGUCGCGCUGCGGAGCCUCGUGCUCGCGACGAACGCGAGCGAGCUGGUGCUGGUCCCGCGUCGUCUUGUCGAUCCGCGCCGGCCGCUCGGCAAGCCGACGCCGGCGGAGGCGGAGGAGCGGCUCAUGCCGUACAACGGCGGCCUCUUGUCCAACGAGUCCCUGCCGCGCAUCACGGGCCUGUAUGAGGACGCGGCGUUCGUCGAUCGCAUCACGACGUCGCCGGCUCUGCUGGAGAGCUCGUCGAUGGUGCUGGCGACGGGCGUCGACUGGGUAUAUGCGCUUGCGUCGCCAUCCGGCCAGUUUGACCGCCUGCACGCCUCGUUCAACAAGACGCAGCUCGUGCUGACGAUCGCCGCGCUGGUGAUCGGCAUCGCCAUCACGCGGCCGCUCGUGCGCAUGCGCGCACUCCAUAUCCGGUGGUAG